AUAUGCCAGGUAGCCCACACAACCAGUUCACCUUCAGACCCCUCCCGCCGCCGCCCCCACCGCCGCACGCGUGUACCUGUGCCAGAAAACCGCCUGCAGCGGCUGACUCUCUCCAGAGAAGGUCCAUGACCACCCGCAGCCAGCCCAGCCCCGCUGCCCCGACUCCCCCCACCAGCACGCAAGAUUCGGUGCAUCUCCACAACAGCUGGGUCUUGAACAGCAACAUACCGCUGGAAACCAGGCAUUUCCUAUUUAAACAUGGAUCUGGGUCUUCAGCUAUCUUCAGCGCAGCCAGUCAGAACUAUCCUUUAACAUCCAAUACUGUUUACUCUCCACCUCCUAGGCCUCUUCCUAGAAGUACCUUUUCCAGACCUGCCUUCACUUUUAACAAACCUUACAGGUGUUGCAACUGGAAGUGCACUGCUUUGAGUGCUACCGCUAUUACCGUUACCCUGGCACUGUUGCUAGCCUAUGUUAUCGCAGUACACUUGUUUGGUUUAACCUGGCAACUACAGCCUGUUGAAGGGCAGCUAUAUGAAAAUGGAGUUAGCAAAGGAAAUAAAGGAGCAGAAUCUAUGGAUACUACUUACUCACCAAUCGGAGGAAAAGUUUCUGAUAAAAUGGAAAAAAAAGUGUUUCAGAAGGGACGGGCCAUAGACACAGGAGAAGUUGAGAUUGGAGCACAAGUUAUGCAGACGAUCCCCCCUGGUUUAUUCUGGCGCUUUCAGAUCACUAUACAUCACCCCGUGUACCUGAAGUUUAACAUUUCACUGGCGAAGGAUUCUCUGCUGGGAAUUUAUGGCAGAAGAAACAUUCCGCCUACUCACACGCAGUUUGAUUUUGUAAAACUGAUGGAUGGAAAACAGUUAAUUAAACAGGAACCAAAAAACUCCGAGGAGCCUCAGCAAGCUCCCAGGAAUCUCAUCUUAACUUCACUGCAAGAGACAGGUUUCAUCGAAUAUAUGGAUCAAGGAGCUUGGCAUAUGGCAUUCUACAAUGAUGGAAAGAAAAUGGAGCAAGUGUUUGUACUAACUACAGCAAUUGAAAUCCUGGAUGACUGCUCUACUAAUUGCAAUGGGAAUGGAGAAUGUAUCUCGGGGCACUGCCACUGUUUCCCGGGAUUCCUUGGACCUGAUUGUGCAAAAGAUUCCUGUCCAGUCCUGUGCAGCGGAAAUGGAGAAUAUGAGAAGGGUCACUGCGUGUGUCGAAAUGGAUGGAAAGGACCAGAGUGUGAUGUUCCAGAAGAACAGUGUAUUGAUCCAACCUGCUUUGGCCAUGGUACUUGUAUCAUGGGCGUCUGCAUCUGUGUCCCUGGCUACAAAGGAGAGAUUUGUGAGGAAGAGGACUGCUUGGAUCCGAUGUGUUCUGGCCAUGGUGUGUGCGUUCAAGGGGAAUGUCACUGCUCCACGGGCUGGGGCGGUGUGAACUGUGAGACGGCGCUUCCCGUGUGCCAGGAGCACUGCUCAGGGCAUGGGACUUUUCUCCUGGACACGGGACUCUGCAGCUGUGAACCACAGUGGACGGGUUCAGACUGUUCAACAGAGCUAUGUACCCUGGACUGUGGCAGCCAUGGUGUCUGUUCGAGAGGGAUAUGCCAGUGUGAAGAGGGCUGGGUGGGACCAACCUGUGAAGAACGUACCUGCCACUCUCACUGCGCUGAACACGGCCAGUGCAAGGACGGGAAGUGUGAGUGCAGCCCUGGAUGGGAAGGGGACCACUGCACCAUUGCUCACUACUUAGAUGCUGUUCGAGAUGGCUGCCCAGGUCUCUGUUAUGGAAAUGGGAGGUGCACUCUUGAUCAGAAUGGAUGGCACUGUGUUUGUCAAGUGGGCUGGAGUGGCUCGGGAUGUAACGUUGUCAUGGAAAUGGUGUGUGGAGAUAACCUGGACAAUGAUGGAG